GCGACGUAAACAGGAAGUCGUUUGCUUCCGAGGAUCGCUGUGCAAGAUGCUGAAUGACAGUGAAUUCGCAACGCUGAGAAAAAGAUUCCAAAAAAAUGCCGAAUUACUCAUGCAGACGGGAGCUUCGUCGCCCGACGAAGACAAGAAAUAUUCAGAAGAAAAAGAUGUCCGACCUGUCCCUCCAAUCAACAAGCACUCCGUCUUCUGGGUUGUGGCAGCCAUAGGCGUCACCUAUUAUGCAGAUUUCUUUCACAACAUCAUUGCGAAUGAUGACAUCAAGAGUUGGUGGUUUAACGUGGGCCUGCUGCUCCUUGCCAUUAGCCUGUGCCUGGCCAUGUUCUGUAUUGGGUAUUUGGAAUGGUUCAGAGGAAUCGUGCACUAUGACCAAGAGUACCCUGCAAUCCCUCCCAUCACCACUGCUGCAUUUAUUGCCGCGUCGUGCAGCUUUAACAUUGCGCUAUGGCCAGUCUGGUCCUUCUUCACUCCGCUCAUCCUCCUCACGCAGUUCAUGGGUGUGGUCAUGCUGAUUUCUAUGCUUGGAUGAACAUGUCAAGUAAGAUUUGUUUGUUUCUACCUUGGUGACCAAGCUUUUUUUUUUUUUAUUUUUUUUUUUUUACAUCUUUGUUCCACAUCUCAUCACAACAGUAUUCUCAGAAAUUAAGUCCUCUCACGUUGCUUCUUCAUCCACCUCAGCUCCAUGGAUUAACUCCCAACUUUCCCAAAUGCAAAUAUAAUUAGAGUCUUAUAACCUUGAGGAAACUUUUGCAUUUCCGUAAAUCACGUGAACUGAUUGAAGAACUUCAAGACUGUUGUUUCAUUUGGGCUGCAUAUCUUAACUCUUGCUGAGUUAACUAUCAUCACAAUAAAGCAGUUUUGUGAAAAGCAUGAUUGCAUUGUUUCUGAGGCAACCAUGGAUCAAUCACCUGAGAUAUUUAUAUUAUUUUUGUUCCCUCACAUGAACUCCGUGCUUGAUAUUAUUACUGCGCUUACGUUCGUUUCCUUGACGUUGUUUGUUUUGUUCUCACAUGAAUAUUUGCUGCAGUCAAUUUGUAUUCAGGACCAGUUGGCUUAAGUCAAUUCCAUUUCUCAUUGACUGGCGGAGGAGCGCCAGUGCAAUUAUUGAAGGACUUUAUUACCUUUGCUUAGUGUGAUAACAUCAGUCACCAUAUUUUCCAGGGGUGGGAUAUCAAUUCACCUCUCCUUUUUACCCACUUGUGUUUGUUUUGUACUCUAAAUCCCAGGAACACAUGUAUCCAAACACCAGACAGCUGCUUCUAAUAAAAUGAAUGUUAAUAUUGCUGACGUGCCGGUGUCUCCUGUGUAGUUGAGCAGCUGUUUUCUAAUGCUCUGAUAAAGCUAAAGCCGAGAUACAACGUGUCGAGCGUUCAGAUGAAUCUUUGUGUUCCAAACUCUGUUCAACACUGAUAAGUUCAUGCUAAAAUGAGCAUUUUAUACAACCUCAGUUGGAAAAGCACAUUUAUGCGUUCAACUAAAAUCAAUUCCACUUUUUUCUUGUGGACCAGCAAUGCACAAAGGUCUUCAAAGAAAUGAUGGACUCCUGGAACAUUCGACCAAAGCAGCUUGAUGGAAUCCAGUAAUUGUUCCUUUUUAUUCUAUAUGACCAUCAUGAUUUGAAGACUACUUUUUUUUUUUUUACGUCAAAUAUAUGUAUUGAAAAGAAAAGCGGCAAAAUGUUUCAAGAUGAGUCUGAUUAGCAGCAAAAUGAGUGACACGCAGUUUGUGUUUUAAGAAUGUUAAUGCUCCAUUAAGUGUAUUUUUGUUCUUUUAAUAAACAUACUACUUUUGAUAUUUA